UGACUUGUCGCUUGUUUGAAUGACAUGUUUGAUCGCAGCGGGUUGUGUGUGCAUUGAAUAACCCUACAGCCUUGGUCAUCAUUCGUUUGGGAGGGUGGAAUGAGAAGGGAAAGGGCUAGCUAGGCUGAAUGGUUUGGGAAAGCCUGUGUGCGUGAAAUUGUUUGAAAAAUAGCUAUACUUUGUGUCUUGUGUGCGAUAAUUUUCAGUCUGUCAACACGAGCCUCAGAUCCAAAGAUUCCAGAAUCUUUGCGAACAUUCUAGCGCGCAACCGCCAUCUCACGAACGUUGUUAAUCCUCAGUUUUUUCAGUUCGCCUGAACUUCUGCUGGAGGUCACAUCUCCUUGAAGCUGCCAGAAGAUUAUAUAAACCUUUCGGUAUGGCACAUCUAUGGUCAGUGUCACAAGUUUGUGAAUGGCUUGAAGAAGCUGGACUAGGGCAUGCCAAGGACACUUUCAUUGAAAAUGAAGUUGAUGGCCUUACACUCACAAAAAUGACAGAACGUAUGAGUGAGAGAAUGUUUCCGAAGAUGAAGGACCAGGUUCAGUUCAUGGCUGCUUUAGAUAAAUUGAAGUUGGGAGACAGCCAUGAUGCUGAAGUGAGAGCGGAGACGCCAGUGAUGCCAGUUUCGCCAGUUUCCUCUGAUGUUAUCCUCCCACCUUUUCUCAAUAGUGCUUUAAGUUCACAGGAUCCACAGUUCAAGUCUCAGGGGAAGAACAAACUGAAAAAUGCCCUCAUUCAGGCUUUGUUUGACCACCUCAGUCAAAAAACCAUGUAUCCCUCUCACACUCAAUAUGUUCUUACAUUGAGAUCAACCUUGAUUCGCUUCCCUUUUCUCAGGGAGAAAUAUGGCUCUGGAUACGAUGCCUUGCUCGAAUCACUUAGAAACAAAUUUAAGAAAGAAAGAAGACCACUAGUGAACUUGGAAGAAGUUUUCAAAAUGAAAGAGAAGUACUCGGCACGCCAUUCAGGAGUUGAGACUGAGGAGGUUUGCCUGCAGAAGAGGAGCUGCGAACAGGAGGUUUCCUUGGAUUCUGCAGAAGACUUGAGAUCCAUCCUUCAGCACAUUGAGGUUUUGCAGCAGGAGCACCAUAAGGCGAGGCCAAGUUUUGAUAUAAUUCUACAGCGGCUCGACAGAACCAAGACCUAUCGGCAGCACUACAUUCAAAACCACACCACUGCUGAAGUCCUUAAAGAAUUUCCCUGUCUCAUGAGACCAAAUAUUCUCCUUGGAGAGAUGAAAAGAAUCUACCAGAUCGACGCUGAUAAAACCAUCCUAACAAAAAUGGGAGAACUUGCGCCAAAGUUGUUAGAAAAGGCCCCUAAAGGUACAGAGUGA